GUUCUAUACAGUAGUAGAGCAGUAGGGACUGUGUGGAGCUGGGCUGUAGUACAGUCUCUGACUGACUGACUGACUUGUCGACUGGCACUUAACAGGAAAACCAGGCCUUGUUUAUCAACUGGAAAAGGAAUUCUACAUAACACCGAAGAGAGAAACUUGUCAGAGUGGAACUUUCUUUCCCCUCCCCUCUCUCGCUCAUUCACUCUCUAGUCUCUCUCGCAGUGGCUGGAGCUGGGGGCUGUGUGAGUUUUGUACAGUAGUCCGGAAAGAGAGUGAGAGGGAGAGAGGAAAAGAGAGAGCAGGGGAGUGGACAGAGGCCAGGGGAGACAUGCUACGCUACGGCUCACCAGGAUCGGUCACCACCACCGAGGACAGUCCAGAGCAGCCCAGUGAGAGGAAGAUCCGGCGACUCAGGCUAACUCUUCAUACAGGAGACAAUGGACAGAAUGAGACCAAAAACAACAACCUCAGACACACAAGAGGAGAAGGUUGUCAACGGAACAUGGAAGAAGAAGAACAGACUCAUCCAGAGAGAGAGGCCAGCUGGCAGUGAGUCACCUGUACAGCACCUCAGAGCCAAGGCCAAUGGGGAGCUAGAGACGUCGCUGCAGCGACAGCACAGGCCCAAGGUGUACGGUGUGUUGCAGAGGACAGGCUCGGACAGACAGCAGGAAGUGAUGGCGUGCGAGUGGUCUGUCAAUCACCUGAGCGAUGAGAUGAGGUACAUCAGGGAGGUAAGAGAUUCCCUGGAGAAUGUCAGAGAGCGGAUGUACAGCCAGUUUGGAGGAAUGCAACAGUCAAUGCAAAAACUAUCCCAAGACAUCAGAAUUGCCAACUCCCAGAGGAAGACUCUGGAGAAAGAGGUGAGGGUUCGGACUGCAGCCAUGGACAGCUUCGACCAGAUGAACAGUUCCCUCAUAUCUACCAACAUCGACCUGCAGAAAUCUCUACUAGAGAGCUGUCACAAUCGCGUGGACUCCCGGGAUGAGAUGAAGAGUCUGAGAAGCUCCUUUCAGCAGGCCGAGGAGAGGCUGAAGGAGAGGGAGAGGCAGCUGGAACUUGCCCAGGCUGAGAACUGCACACUCAAACUACAGGUGGAGUCGUCUCAGGAGGCCAACAGCCAUGAAGUGCAGGAGCUGACAGCGAGGCUACAGAGACAGUAUGAGGAGAGACUUCAGGAAGAGCAGAGGAAACACAGAGAGGAGAUAGAGAAGCUACAGGCCCAAAUUGACAAGUAUAUUAGGCGAUUAGAGGAGGCAGAGAAGAAUGCUAAGAUUGCAGAGGCCAAGAUCGCUGAAAGGGACCAGAGGAUCAGUGAGGUGGAGCGCCUGCUGGACUGUAUGGGACAGGAAAAGGGCCAUCUUCAGAAGAAACUGCAGGAAUGUGAACAGCGUCUACACUUGAUGGAGGUGACAUACAAAACAGAUGCAACUGUAGCAAAGAGUUCUCAAAAGUUGGUAGAGGAGGCAGGGGAGCUCCGUGAGAGAAUCAAACACCUGAAUGACAUGGUGUUCUGUCAGCAGAGGAAGGUCAAAAGCAUGAUAGAGGAGGUUGAAUCACUACGAGCUAAAGUGGCACAGAAGGACAUGUUCAUCUCAGAGCUUCUGGACAGAAUUGCUAUUGUGGAGUGUGAGAAUAAUGAGUUAGAAGACAAGCUGAAGUAUUUUAUGUCUGUACAGAGUGCGCCAAGGGAAGUUGUGCAAACCAGAGAGAUAGGAGUGGGCUGUGAUCUGCUGCCCAGACCUGAAAUACAAAAGUAUGAGGUUGAAACUGAUGUCCAACCUCCACCAGCACAAUACCAACCCAGACAAACCCCAAUUCAUCCCUCUUCUACAGAAUACCUUGGACAGUCUAGGACAUUCAGAUCAGGUCCACCGCCACCCAGCAGACUGGAGUCUAGUUUACUGAGGUACACUCCUCUUGAGUACAGUAGGUAUCUAUCAACCAACUCCUCAAGAUCCUUUGGAACGCUAACCAGUCCAACACUGUCUACGUCUGGCCCUCUAAGCCCUGAUCAGUCCAGUACAGAAGAGUCUGCCUCAGUUCAAACCACAGAUACAGCCUCAAGUCCAGAGGGGGACAUUUCAGCCCCAUCCUGUUCUCGAGCAAGAUCAAGCCCAUCCAAAAUCUACACACCUUUCAUGAAACUUAUGGAGAUAACAGCAAAGAUUAACAUUGAGUAAUCACGUGAAGAAAUACUUUUUAUGAAGGCUAUUCCAUAUGCUGUAUAAGGGACUAUGUUGCAUAUUGUGUAAAUAGUCUACUGUUCUGUAAAUAAUAUUUGAAAGUAUCCUUUUGAAUAAUUAUAUUUGGUUUUGUUUACAGUGAAUGUUCUUGUAUGGUUUAUGGAAUUCUGAAUUCACUAUCCUGUAUCAAGGUUUAUAUUUAUACUCUAUCUUUUUCUGACAUUUUUAGUUUGCUCUGUAUAAAUGAGAUGCAAUAUUA